AUGGAUCGUGUGCGCAAGAUAUGGCAACAAGAGCAGGAAUAUGAGCCUAUCGAAGGAGGCUCGGCCGACGAGGAACAAGAGAGGCAGGAGCUGAGGGAGUCCACGUCUUUCUCAUGGACGGAGUACUUGAUUUUCAUGCUGCUGGGUGUGGCCAUGCUGUGGGCAUGGAACAUGCUGCUCGCGGCAGGGCCAUACUUCCAAAGUCGAUUCGCAUCGAGUGACCGCCUCUUGGACAACUUCCAGGCCUCCGAGUUGGCCGUGUCCAGCAUCACCAACUUGGGCAGCAUGCUCGUUCUUACCAAAAUGCAGGCCCGCGCCUCAUAUCCUCGACGUAUUGUCAUGUCCCUCCUCAUCAAUCUGCUUGCCUUUGCAUUGCUUGCUCUCUCAACGUGGUUUGCUCUCGGCGUCAGUCCAAGUGCCUACUUUGCUUUCCUGAUUCUCAUUGUCUUCGUCACCAGUCUGGCAGCUGGCCUCUGCCAGAAUGGCGUUUUUGCAUUCGUCUCCGGCUUUGGCCAGCCGCGCUAUACGCAGGCCAUCAUGACUGGACAGGGCGUUGCUGGAGUGCUCCCUUGUAUCGCCCAGAUCGUCUCGGUACUUUCUGUCACAAAGCCAGAUGAGCCAUCCGAUGAUGGAUCUGCACCAGUCCCUGGAACCGCCGCUUUCGCCUACUUCCUUACCGCAACCGUCAUCUGUGCUUCUACGCUGGUUGCUUUCUUCUACCUUCGUCGACAACACAAUGUCAAGAGCGCUGCCGCCCAUUCAGAUAUGGCAUCCAGCGUAGGAACUCCAGAACAGCCCAAGAGAAACACGGUUCCACUCACCGUACUGCUCGGCAAGUUGCGCUGGCUCGCAGCUGCAGUCUUCUUGACCUUUGCUGUCACCAUGAUGUUCCCUGUCUAUACUCAACGCAUUCUGAGUGUCAACGCGACAGACUCGUCGUCGCGCAUCUUCCAGACACCGUCUUUCGUCCCUCUGGCCUUCCUGUUCUGGAAUGCUGGUGACCUACUAGGCCGUUUGCUGCCCGCCGUACCUCGCCUCUCCCUGAUCCACCGACCAAAACUCAUCUUCGUACUUUCCGUUGCUCGUGUCGGCUUCAUUCCGUUAUACCACCUUUGCAACAUCCGUGGCCAGGGUGCUGUCGUUCAUAGCGAUGCGUUCUACCUGGUUGUUGUACAGUUGCUUUUCGGCAUGUCAAAUGGCUAUCUUGGAAGUAUGUGUAUGAUGGGUGCUGCUGAGUGGGUUGAUCCUGAAGAACGGGAGGCCUCAGGUGGCUUUAUGGGCUUGUGUCUUGUGGCUGGUCUGGCGGUCGGCAGUUUGAUCAGUUUCUUUGCUGCAAAAGCGUAG